AUGGUGAUGUCGGCACCACAAACACAACGUCUUAAUGCGAAUUUAAGUGUUGAUAUUCCACCUUAUUCAAAUGUCAGUUCUCCGGUUUCAUCGCCGUCCCCAUCAUUCUCAGCAUCGGCAUUUAAUUCCCCUAGGCAAUAUGAUUCGGUUCCACCUUCACCAACUAUCUCGGGCUCUUGGAACGUCAAUAAAUCUCAUGCUGAGCUUACAUCAUUAUUAAAAGAAGCCUAUGGCCGCAUUUGUCAUGAUCUUACGCUUGCCGCAGAAAUUGGUAAAAGCCUUCUUGAAAAUAACAUUGCGUUAAAGUCCAAAUAUGAGUCUACCAUAGUCCAAUUACAACAUCUUCAAAGAGCACGAACAAAAGCGUCAACUUUCACAAUACAACACCAAAUUGGUGAUAAACAUGCGACUCCGAUAGCACCACCAAAUACCUCUUUUAUGGAAGAACCAAUGGAAUUUGACGAAAGUGAUACUGAAUCACUUCAAGCAUGGAGCAGUUCUCAUGACUUUCUAGCAUCGGGUGAAGCUCCAUUUAAACGAAAGAAUCGCGAACAUCAAAAUUCAGGCUUAAAUUAUAAGGACCUUGAAAAUAUUAAGGAAUUAGAAAUACGAAAUCAAGAACUUCAUCAGCAAUUAGACGAUGCGUUAAGAGAUAAUAAUGAUCGUGAUAAGUCAAAUAAAGCCAAAGUUCGUAAGCUUGAAGCGGAUGUUAAACAUUUCCAAGAUGAAUGUUUAAUGGCCUCACAACAAAUUGAAGACCUCGAAAGGGAAAACGAACGUCUCGUUCAAAAGCAAAAGGCUGAAUUUUGGAAUAUUAAAUAUAAUAAAAAAUCAAAUGAUAACGAUGAUAUUAUUGAUGCAUUAGUUCAAAGAGUACAAGAGUUGGAAGAUCAAAAUAUCCUACUUGAAAGAUCCAAAUCGGAGAUUGAACGACGGUGUAGUCGUUUAACAGCGGAAUUGGAAACGCUUCAAAUGGAAUUCAAUGAGUUAUUACAAACAACAGAUAAUUAUGAGAUGUUACAAAUUGAUAAUCUCAGAAAAGAUGAAAUAAUUUCUGAACUUAGCGAAAGUCUUGAGGAACAACGUGCCUUGGUUGUAAAUUAUCGUUCAGGAAUUUGGACACAGAAGAACUCACGUGCAAAUUCCGUAUCUGAUGGUAGUAUUAUGUCAAAAGCUAUAAGAAGGUUAAGUGACCCUGAUGGGAUGCGUGCUAUGUUUGGUGUCGCACCAAAACAAAAUAGUCAAGAUUCUUCAAUAAGAAAGACUUUACUUUCAGAGUUGGAAAACGAAUGGUUCCGUGAACUAACGAUGUUCAAACGAGAUGUAAAGAAGGGUAACGGUGAAAGUGAUACAUCACCACCUUUCUCACCGAUAUCUUCAGAGACAGAUCUCAAAGAUUUCUUUAUUUCAAGUGGCGCGCGACCGGAUGAUGAUAAUUUCGAUAACUUAACGCUCGAUUACCUAUCAGAUGAUGAAUUUAGUUUCUUGGAUGAAUUCGAUGUAGAAAACGAAAAGGCCAACCAACAAAGAGCAUGGUUCUGGCGAAGAUGGGCAAGAGCCUUAGUAAGGUUCCUAAGAACGAUAUGGAGAUGGUGUCGAUUUAUUUUCUUCCUUAUUGCUGGAUUGUUUCUGGCUCUAUACCGUGGACCUGACUAUCUCUUACCUAACGAGUUGUAG